CAAAUAUAAGACAAGAAAAUUAGGUUGAGAGAAUUUUUCACAUUCUCUCUUCCUCCCUCUCUUCUUCUCUCUCAGUUCAGUAGUACUGCUAGAAACUGUUUUUUUCAAGGAUGGAAUGUUUUCGAAGGUUUUGCAACAUGAUUCAUGGAAUGAAGCCGGUUUUGGCAAUGGUGCUAGUUCAGAUAAUAUCAACAGGGAUGACAAUAUCAUACAAGUUGGCGAUCAAUGAUGAAAUGAACUUGAGGAUCCUAAUUGCAUAUCGAUCCAUCUUUGCAACGCUAUUUAUCGUCCCCAUUGCGUUUUUUGUCGAAAGAGGUUCCAGGCCAAAACUUACAUGGACCAUUCUCUUCCAAUCCUUUCUCUGCGCGUUAUUCGGGUUUACUUUGUCUCAAAACAUGUACAUAGCGAGUAUGGAUAUGACAAACGCGACCUUCCCAGCAGCAAUGACAAAUCUAAUUCCCGCAAUAACUUUCACAAUGGCCGUUAUUUUCAGGUUAGAGAGUUUGCGGUUUAAGUCACUUGAAGGGAAGCUAAAGGUUGGAGGCACCGCAUUCGGAAUUGGAGGAGCAAUGUUCUUGACAUUCUACAGAGGUUUUGAGCUUCCGAUAUGGUCCUCGGGUCUUUUGCACAUUGAACCACAGUUAAAACAUGUCUCAGGAAUAACACCUCUCGGAGCAAUUCUUUCUAUCGGAAGUUGCGUUUCCUAUUCCAUUUGGCUCAUAAUUCAGACGAAACUUAGCCAGAGUUACCCCUGUUACUACUCCAGCACAGCCUUGAUAGUUUCCAUGGCAUCAAUCCAAUCCACUGGCUUCGCUUUAUGCACCGUUAGAGACUGGUCAGAAUGGAAACUCGGAUGGAAUGUUCGCCUAUUUUCAGCGAUUUACUCGGGAGUUGUGGCAUCAGGUGUGAUGAUAACACUGAUAGCUUGGUGUGUUAAAGUCAGAGGACCAUUAUUCGCUUCGGUUUUCAGUCCCCUUGGACUCGUGCUCGUAGCUCUCACUGGAUCAGUCUUAUUGAACGAAAAGCUGCACCUUGGAUGUGUAAUUGGUGGCGUGUUAAUAGCUAUUGGGUUAUAUUUUGUUUUGUGGGGAAAGGCAAGAGAGUUGAAGAGAUUGGCAAGGCUUAUGCCUGUGACAAAUUCCACAGAUUCAGAAGCACAAAGUGAAGCAUCUACUUCCAAUGCAAAUGAUGACAACAACCACGCUAUGAUCAAGAAUGGAGAAGACAAAGAUGACAACAACCUCGCUAUGAUCAAGAAUGGAGAAGACGCGGUUUAGCAUUUUAGACCGGAUUAAACAAAAUGAUUUUGUAUCUAGUAGUACUUAAAAAGUUUAGGGGAAAUUGAACUUCUUUCAUAGGUAGAAAAACAAAGAACAUGAGAACACAAAAUAAUUUUUACUUUUAUUAUUUUUAGGUGCAGUUCUUUUGUAACCAAGUUGAUUCAGUUCUCAAAAUGCACCCAACAAUGGUUAUCAGCUAAAA